CUUUAGCUGCUGUUGGAAGCAAAAUGGCGCAGCAAAACCCUCCGCUGGACCGGAACAGAUACAGCUGUUCAAUCUGUCUGGAUCUGCUGUGUAAUCCAGGGACCCUCACUUGUGGCCACAGCUUCUGUUUGGACUGUAUCACAAAAAACUGGGACAAUCAGGCUGAGAGGGGAGUCUACAGCUGUCCCCAGUGCAGACAGACCUUCGAAAUAAGACCAGCUCUGGUAAAGAACACCGUUCUCGCCGAUGUCAUGGAGGAUCUCAAGAGGACACGACUGCGAGACACUCCCCCUGACCACUGCUAUGCUGGACCCGAAGACGUGGGCUGUGAUGUCUGUAAGGGGAGGAAGAUGAAGGCCAUCAAGACCUGUCUGGUGUGUCAGGUUUCUUACUGUGAGGAUCACCUCCAGAGUCACUAUGAAGUUCCAGGGUUGAAGAGACACAAGCUGGUGGAACCAGCAGCUGACCUUCAGGACAACAUCUGCCCCCGUCACAACAAGCUCAUGAAGAUUUUCUGCCGUCAGGAUCGACAAGCUAUCUGUCAUUUGUGUUCCCUUGAUGAACACAGAAGACACGACACAGUUUCAGCCGAUGCCGAGAGAAAUGAACGUCAGAAGGAGCUCAGCGGGCAUCAGAGAGCUACACGGGCGAGAGUCAAGGAAGUUGAACAAGAACUUGAGGCUCUUCCACUGGAGAUGGACUCCAUCAACCGGUCUGCUGAUGAAGCAGUGAAACGUGCUGAUGAGAUCUUUGCUGACUUUAUCCGUUCCGUUGAGAGACGAUGGUCUGAGAUAACAGAAGAGACCAGGACCGAGCAGGAAGCUGGACUGAAGUGGGUCCGGGACCUGAGGAAGAGCCUGGAGCAGGAGCUGGUCCAGAUGAAGAGGAGUGGAGAUGACCUGGAACGUCUCUCCCAAACACAGAGUCACGUCACCUUUCUACAGAAAUAUCCCAGGAACUAUUCUAUCAGGAGGUCCACAGCCCGACCCACCAGAGACGUCCGUACAACCCAGCGCUUCAACAACUGGGCUUUGGCUCUAACCGAGAUGAAGGAUAAACUAGAGCUAUUUCUCAAAGACAACAGCCGCACACCAGAGGUCUCCCAUGGCGGAGUGGUCUCAGCCAAGUGUGAAGCGGCUGCGAUGAGGAUCAGCUGUGCUAAAUCUGAGGCCAUGACUCUCAGCAGGAAUCCGGUGGUUUGCCUACUCCGGGUAGGAAAUGAGUGCUUAGCUCAAGUGAAGGAGUUCAAGUACCUCAGGGUCUUCUUCGUUGAGGUAACCUGCUGGGAGCUGGGUGUGUCAGAAAAGGAAUGUGAAGUAGAUGAGCAGGAAUAUCAGGGGACUCACAACUUUAACAGUCAGAGUUUAGCUGCUGUUGGUAGCGAAAUGGCGCAGCAAAACUCUCCACUGGACCGGGACAGAUACUGCUGUUCAAUCUGUCUGGAGCAGCUGUGUAAUCCAGGGACUCUCACUUGUGGCCACAGCUACUGUUUGGACUGUAUCAGACAACACUGGGACAAUCAGGCUUUGAGGGGAGUCUACAGCUGUCCCCAGUGCAGACAGACCUUCGAAAGAAGACCAGCUCUGGUAAAGAACACCAUUCUCGCCGAUGUCAUGGAGGAUCUCAAGAGGACACGACUGCGAGACACUCCCCCUGACCACUGCUAUGCUGGACCCGAAGACGUGGGCUGUGAUGUCUGUACGGGGAGGAAGAUGAAGGCCAUCAAGACUUGUCUGGUUUGUCUGGUUUCUUACUGUGAGGAUCACCUCCAGAGUCACUAUCUAGUCGCUGGGUUGAAGAGACACAAGCUGGUGGAACCUACAGCAGACCUUCAGAACAACAUCUGCCCCCGUCACAACGAGGUCAUGAAUGUUUUCUGCCGUCAGGAUCAACAAGCUAUCUGUCAUUUGUGUUCCAUUGAAGAACACAGAAGCCACGACACAGUUUCAGCCGAAGCUGAAAGAAAUGAACGUCAGAAGGAGCUCAGCGGGCAUCAGAGAGCUACACGGGCAAGAGUCAAGGAGGUUGAACAAGACCUUGAGGUUCUUCAACAGGAGAUGGACUCCAUCAACCGGUCUGCUGAUGAAGCAGUGAAACGUGCUGAUAAGAUCUCUGCUGAUCAUAUCCGUUCCAUUGAGAGACGAAGGUCUGAAGUCAUAGAAGAGACCAGGACCGAGCAGAAAGCUGGACUGAAGCGGAUCCAGGACCUGAGGAAGAGCCUGGAGCAGGAGCUGGUCCAGAUGAAGAGGAGUGGAGAUGACCUGGAUCGUCUCUCCCAGACACAGAGUCACGUCACCUUUCUACAGAAAUACCCCAGGAACUAUUCUAUCAGGAGGUCCACACGCCGACCCACCAAAGACAACAGCACCCACCUUAUACUAGCAGAGGCUCCGGUGGAAGUGUUACCCCCAGAACAGCCGCACACCAGAGCACAAUUCUUAACAUAUUCAUGUGAAAUGGGCAUCGACCCAAGCACAACUCGCCUGCUUCUGACUCAGAGUAACAGAGGAGUGUUUAAACAAGCUGGGACAGCAGGGGGGUGUCGGAGUAAAGAGAGUCUGACUGGACGGCAUUACUGGGAGGUGAAGUGGAGAGCAGGGUUUGUCGCCAUCACUGUGGGAUACAAGGACAGCUCAUGGAUUCAUCAAGGGUUUGGAAAAGACAGCCAAUCUUGGGCUCUGAUUAUUUGGCCGAAUGCUGUUCAAUUUCAACAUAACGGAAUCACCACUCUUAUCCCAGGCCCUCCUCCCUCCAGAGUGGGGGUGUACCUGGACUACAGGGCCGGUACUCUCUGUUUCUACAGCAUCUCUGACACCAUGACUCUGCUCCAAGGGGUCCAGACCACAUUCACACAGCCCCUCUACGCUGGACUUCGGCUGGAUGGACUAACAGCUGAAGGCACUGCAGAGUUCUGCUAUCCUCUGCACACAUGAUGCAGCGUUAUAAACAUAGUGUUACCCUCUACAGCUAUAGGUUAACAGAUGAUGCAGUGUUGUAAACAAAGUGUUACCCUCUACAGCUAUAGGUUAAGAGUGUUACCCUCUACUAUAGGUUAACAGUGUUAGGUUAACCCCCAAUUAAGAUCCAAUUGAGCUAUGCUCCUAAGGGUGUCAUUUGUUGGACCAAGGAAGGAAAGGGGCGGGAUAUGUGUAAGAGUGUGUGUUCAUAUUCAGCUAUUGUGGGCCAGGAACAGGUUUCCAUGUCAGAAAAGAAUAAAGAAUAAGAAUAAAUGUCCCCCUACUCUUUAUUAACCUGCGUGCCUGGUGCUGUGCCUUGCCUGCGGUAAAUGGGACCAUGUUGGUGUGUGGACAGGACGCUUAUUCAUAUCUGCCUCCUAAUUGGAGGGAUCAUGUUAAGUUGCCUAUGUAGUGCCGGCUUUGGAUAUUAUGUCAGAGAAACAUUUGAAGGGUAAUGCUACCAUUAGAUCUAAGCGUGAUUUAUUCCAUCAGAAUUUUCCAGUUGCUACUCCAACUUUUUUCUGCUAUCAUUCCACACUAUGGUGUCACAGUUGCUCUUGAUGAGAUUUAAGAUUUUGUCCAUAUUAUUGACGCUAUAGCGAACGCUUCCAGGCAUGGCCUGACUGACUUUAAUCGUGGCUUAGAACAAUGAUUUAACAACAUCAGUAUCUAUCGGACUUCCUUGCUGAGCAUCUUGGAGGGUACUGUUUCUUUAUCGAGCGCAAUUUACACCAGAGAUGUGGCACAUACGUCCCCGAUGCGUCUACGAAUGUGUCUAAUUAUGUACAUGACAUUGUUGAUAAUCUGGCUAGGCUGAAGUCGUAAACGCUGGUUGGUCUUUGGGAGAAUUGCUAAGUGGGUUGGGUGGGUCUAUGUUUUCUCAGAUAGUCCAAAUCGCACAGCCAUUUGUCCUUCCCAUUAUUAUGCUCUAUGUGGUCGUCAAGUUAGCUCUCUGUGUGUUUCACCAAAUGACCGCCCCCCAACCAACCUCCCCGGGGACUGCCCAGAUCUUGUUGGCCCCCCUUAGGGUGGCUGUUAGAGAGCCCACCCCGUCGUAAGGUCCUGUGCCCCAAACUUCGCAAGGUCUCUAAGGCUAAACCUUCCUGUGGGCCCUUUAAUUUUGUUUAGACUAACGGAUCCACUUUUUCUGCUGGGAACAGUGAGAGCUAUUAAAGAAAGGUUGAGCUUCACUGCAGAGCAGAGGGAGGUGUCUGGACAGUCGAUUUCCUUUAUUUAGUUAUUUUAAAUCUUUAAUCUGUUUUGGUUUAAUCAUGAGCAACCUAAUGAGUUUGUUAUUUUGUUUAUUAUAGUAGCCUACACGUGGUUUACUUGUGUAUGAUGAGUAUACCUUUAUGUUUACUAUUGCCUUUUAUGCUUUCUUAUUGAUUUAGUUAAUUGUUUACCAGUAGAUACACUGAAUUCUCAUUUUAAGGGUGAUCUUUAGACUACCUUUAAUAUAAUCACGUGGGAAGAAUGUAGAAUGUUGGUGUAUUUUAGUGUCUCUCUGUGUUCACGUUUCUAGUCUAGAAACAGGCCAGUGCCUCUCACACUGAUACAAGGUGUUAUUUCCAACAUUUCGCCAUUUGAUACGUCUCAACAAGGAUGAACCAACCUGGUCGUCUGGGACAUACCCAGGGCCAUAUACCUUAUCAAGGGUGGGAGUGCUUCUGUUCUCUUGUUAUUCAAGUAUCUUUAUUACAAUACUCGCCCUAACCCUUUGGUUCGGUGAGAAGAGGGAUCGACAGCCAAGGAACACGUCUCGAAACUGCUCCUCAACCGCGAAAACUAUAGAUUAUUCAACCUAAGUCUGUAUCUCGCUGUAUUACAUCCUGGAAUAAACCAUUUAUUCAACCCUCUUA